AUGUCUUCUGAUCAGACUGUCUUGUUCGACCUUCCCAGCAAGUCUCCUCGUGCUGCUUGGUCUUUGAACCCAUGGAAGACUCGCUUCCUCCUCAACUUCAAGGGCAUCGACUACAAGACUGAAUGGCUUGAGUACCCAAACAUCAAGCCCACCUUGGAGCCCCACGUCUCGGCCAACGAGUCGACAGGAACAUGGACUAUUCCCACCGUCAAGUUCCCCGACGGAACUUAUCUCAUGGACUCGCGCAAGAUUGUUGAGCGUGUGGAAAAGGAGCACCCUGAGCCUUCAAUCCACCUAGACUCGCCUACCUUAGCCAAGCUGGAGGAGAUCAUGCCCCGUAUCAUGGGACCUCUUCGAGCCAUCUACUUCACUACCGUCCCUGAGCGGUUGUUGAACGAAGAGAGUGUGCCUUACUGGCACGAGACUCGGUCCAAGUUGGCCGGUAUGCCGCUCGACCAGCUAAACAAGGAGAAGGGUGGCCAGGUUGCCUGGGACGCUGCCAAGCCCAUCAUCGCAGAGGUCGAGGCCCUGCUCAAGGAGAACUCGGAGGGUCCCUUCUUCCUGGGCAAGACUCCCAGCUACGCCGACUUUGUCUGGGCUGGCUUCCUCAUCUUUAUGCAGCGCAACCAGGUCAUUGAUGAUCUCUACAACGUCAGCGGUGACAGCCAGCUUCACAAGGAUCUUUUGGAGGCGACUGCUCCCUGGCACAAGAGGAAUGAUCAUUAA